UGACCGGCACAAACACAUUCUGUCGGCUUUACUUCUACAUUUUUUUAUUUUAAAUUUAUAAUAGAAGGUACUUAACAUUAACAUUUUACCAAUUAAAAACAUUUUAUUUUUAAACUGGUUUCGCCGAUAAAAUAUUACCAUACACGAAACAUGUACCUUGUUGUCAUUUAGUCUCACAUUUAUUCAUCUUUGCAGGCCACCAAAAGAACUAUAGUGGGUUUUGGUGGACAAUAUCAGUCGAAAAAUUGUAUUUAAUCAGAGAAAUAAAAUGUCAUUAGGAAGAUUAUUGGACGUGCAAGCUCCUCGUAAUUUCGCAGAAGUGACUCGUGUGUGUUUAGCUCCGCCUUAACCCAGGCUGCAGCCUUCUGUCUCUCGCAGUAACGGAAAAGCGACGGUGGGAGGACAACAAACGCAGCUUCUCAGAAACGCAUCCUAGGAGCACGGACAGGCCAUCUCAGCACGGCCAUGAUGGGAAGAUUGUGUCAAUUGGGCCUUUUGUCCCUCCUUAUUAUAUCUCUCCUCAAUAUGGAACCGGCACGGGCUAAGAGAAGUAGCAGCAGCAGCAAGAAAUCCUCAUCGUCAAGCAACAAGGGUGGGACACACUCAAAGCCAUCCAGUUCUCAGCCAGGAAACUACCCCCGGCAGCCACAGAAUCCCGCCCGCAACCCAAAUCCGUAUCCUCCCGGAGGAAGUUAUCCCCAUCCUGGAGCAGGCAAUCCUAAUCCCGGAGGAUAUCCCAGGCAAAAUCCACCAAAUAAUCCAGGAGCUGGCCAUUAUCCAAACCAGAAUCCCGGGGGUUAUCCUGCAGGUGGCUACCCAGCUGCAGGUGGAAACCCAGCUGGAGGGUAUCCUAAUCAAUAUCCAGGCAAAGGAGGAUAUCCUAACCAGUACCCUGCUGGUGGUGGAUAUCCUAACCAAAACCCUGGGAGGAAUUAUCCUAAUCAAUAUCCAGGAGCUGGAUACCCAGCUGGAGGGUAUCCUAACCAAUACCCAGGCAGAGGAGGUGUAAAUCCUGGUGGUUACCCCAACUGGAAUCCAAAUAACAACGUGUACAAUUCCAGGUUUGGCGGAGGAGGUUAUGGACAGCCUGGCUAUGGGAUGGGCGGGUCUCCUUUCUCUCGUUCAGUGCAGGGCAUGGGGAUCCAGCCCAGGUCUACUGGUUUUGCAAAAAAAGCCAUGAUGGCAGCAGGUGUUGGUGCUCUUGCUGGGAUGGCUGUGGGAUACGGACUAGGGCGCUUCCCUCGACCGCAUUUUAAUUUCCGGAACCCUGAAGAAGAAUCCUACUACAACAACUACAUGUACCGUCGUUACGGUAAGGAAUCCACAGAUGAGAAAGACUAUGGCCGAGAUUACGUCUACAAAAUUCCUCCACGCGCAGAGUCCUAUGAGAAGUUCAUGGCGCGCUGCAUGAAUGAGACCGACAACGGCCAGGCCAGUCGCUCCCCUGCUCCCGUGAGUGGAGUGGAUACUGAGGAGGAUGACACCGUCAGCAUUCAGGAGAUUGGGUACCCUGCCCUUAUUGAGCAAAUGAAGUCCCGGCGCUGCGUGGAGAAGUACAUGAUCUACUCAGAGCAGUUCCUUGAAUCUCGAUCGGAGCAACAGUCCCAGGCCGGUCGUAGCAGUGCUCUGAGCUACGGGUUAUUUGAGCUUUUCACUUCCUGUUUCAUGCUCCUUUCCAGCAUGCUCCUGCUCCAGUGAGGAAAAACAACUUCCUCACUCUUUUUACUUCAUCUCUAAUGUAAUUUUUACUCCCAUUGUUUGUACAUGCAUGGCUACUUCCUCUCAAUAUGUAUGUAACUGCCACGGUGGAAACAACAACCUUCCUAAUACAAAUAGCGGAGAGAAACAUGUAUGUAAUAUCCAAAAGAGCUUGUGAAAGCUUUCUAAAAGAGGUGGCUU